AUGUCGGGAAUGCGUCGAAGAGCCUAUAAUGACGGUAUGUUAUCGGUUUUGUCCGGAAUUUACAGUGGAGUACAAACAAUUGUUGCAGACGACGAUGAAAUUCAAAAUAAGCGACGUCGCGGAGCUCCGCUUCUCAAUGAAGUGGAGAAGAAGCUGCAGGAAGUGAUUGGCAGAGUCGGAGAUAAGGUCAGAGAAUUUUUUUUUGAAAAAAAUUGAGAAAAAAACAGUUUUGCAGAACGCGGGCUCGUCGAUCGAGUGCAACCUGGAGCAGCUGACCAAGUUCCUGCAGGACGACCUCGACAAGUACCGUUCGACCAUCAUCGACAUCGUGGCCGGGUGCGCCAUCUACCUCCCGCACCGCGUGACCGUCUACACGACGCUCGUCGGCCUGCUCAACUCGAAAAACUUCAAUUUCGGCGGAGACGUCGUCGAAAAACUGAUGGCCGAGCAGCAAGAGCUCCUCGAAAAGCAAAAGUAUCAGGAGGCACAGAAUCUGGCCAUUUUUCUGUGCGAUCUCGGAAAUUGUGGUGUGCUGACACUCCAGUCGAUCGGAGAAUAUCUGGAGAGUCUCGUGACGGCCGCCUGUCAGGAUGACACCCCGCAGGUUGGCAUUUUUCUAUUAACCGUCAAGCUCCGGAUUUCUGGCGCUUGAUAUUAUGAAAAAUGAAUUUUCAAUAUUUUGCAGGUGCGCACCGACUACUACAUCCAAACGGUGCUCCGCUGUCUUCCGUGGAUCGGGCGUGAAAUGACCGAAAAGGCGAACGAACUGAUGGAGAAUAUUGUGCAGGCGAUUGCCGGAUAUCUCGAGCAGAGAAACAAGGACCACGUGCCGGUGAGCACGCAAUUUUAUAAUCACAAUUUAAAAUAUUCGGAAAAUCUUGCAUGACGUUCUCCUGAUAAUCACAACCCUAAAAUUUGGACAUUACCUUUAAUUUUGCAGCUGCUGCAAGUGUGGCGCCACGGCGAUCUGGCACAAGAGGACUAUCUGGACAGUCUUUCGGCGCAAAUCGAAGUGCUCCGACAGGCGAAUUGGCAAGAACGGCACAUUCAGAGACACUACGUCGGCUUCGAGGCCACCCUUCGCGACGCUCUCCAGCACAAUCUGCCCGGGUACGUUUUUCGGCGAUUUUUCUGAUCCGACCUUCAAAAUGCCUCAACAUUCUCAAUUUUGCAUAUUUUUUCGACGGUUGAGCGCUUAAAUCCAAGCUUUUAACUAGGACAAUUGCCCCACGGUUCUCAUCGAAAUAACCGUACUUUUUGCAGAUUCUCCGCCCCCGCGCACACUGAAGAAAUGAUCUAUCCGUACCCGCUCGUCGUUUUCCGUCUUUUCGAGCAAUCGGAUUGCGGAGCCGAUGUAAGUUAGCAUUGGUUGUUGUUGAAAUUUUCAAAAUUCAAUUUUUCGUACAGAUAGUUGCCUUUUUUUUUAUAAAAAAAAUUAUUUUUAAAAAUGCUGAAAAGUGUGUUGCAGAGCGUGCAACUGCCGGGCGGUCACUCGAUCGAACGUCUCCUCUUCGAGGCCGAAAUCGCGUGGAUCAUCGAAAAGAAUCAAACGAAUCGAAAGGCGUGCGCGCGCGAAUUACUCGCGUUCGCCGACGAAAAUCCUUCGGUGCCCAUCGGAUUUCUCAUUUUCGAGACCAUUUUCGGACAAAUGCUCCGUCUCCCGCACCCGCCCUAUCCGUCUCUUUUCCAUUGUGAGUUUGUAUCUAAACAAAAAGUUACGAUCUAUCUUUUCAAUGGGAAACUAACAAUGCAAAUUUUCCAAUUGUGUCAGGCUCGCUGCUUCUGGAAUUACUGCGUCUGAAACCGAACGAAUAUCCGGCGAUUCUCGUCCAAACGGUCGAACUCAUCUACCGUCGCGCCGAUGCGAUGCAGCCGAUUUGUGUCGACAGGUACGUGGCAGUUUCGGAAACAUUUCAGAACUCGUUCAAUUUACAGAAUGGUUGACUGGUUCAGUUUCCAUUUGUCCAACUUCCAGUACAAGUACACUUGGUCCGAUUGGAAGGACUGCAUUGAGGUGCGGUUGUUUUUAUUGAAAUACUUUUUCUCAUCAUUUUUCAUUCAAAUAUUCGUAUGUUUUAUUCAGAAAGACACCUUCUCGGGGAGCCAAAUAUUUGUGCGUGAAGUGAUUGAAAAAUGCCGUCGCCUGGGCAGUUACGAGAAGAUUUUGGCCUCUUUGCCGACGGAUUUCGUCAAAAUUCAUCCGUGUUCGCCGGAAGUCAGAUACCUUAUCGAUGAGGGUUCGUUUUUCGGAUUCCAGACGUUUUUUUUUGUAUUUUUCGAUAUCACUGCUCAUCUCGUCGAUAACUUUUUAUCGGACGGAACGAAAAAGUCAAUGUUUGCAGACGACAAAGAGAUGGAGGAAAAGGCGUCGACGUACACGAAAAUGUUCGAGGAGCGCGCGCCGGCGGAGGCGUUCAUAAAUGAGCUCAAAACGGGCGACGACGGCGAUUUGCCCUACAAUAUCAACGAUUUCGGCAUUUUUGUGAUGGUCAUGCUGCGGAUGGCGUCCAAAACGUACAGCCACAAUUUUGCCGCACUCGCCAGGUACCUAUUUGAACGUUUUUGAUAAAUUUUAGGUAAAAAGAAAAAUGAUUUUAAAAGAAGUCAUUUUGAGCUAAAAGUGUCGAUAUACGCCAUCUGUUUUAUUGUUUUCCCUACUCCCUUUACUCCUCCUAAAAAUGCUAUCUUCAAAUCAUUUUUCCAGAUACCAGGCGACGCUGAAAACGGUGUGCGACGCGUCGGACCAGUACCACGAGAAGCUGCUGGACACGCUGUACUCGUGCUGGAAGUCCAACCAGCAAAUGCUGAUGAUCCUCAUCGACAAACUGCUCAAGAUGCAGGUGCUCGACUGCUCCUCGGUCAUCACAUGGCUCUUCGAGGAGCGUAUGUGGCACGAACACGAUCGGUUCGUUUUUGCAAUUUAUUAUCAUUUUUCCGCCGAAACGGUCGAAAAAACAGCAUGCAAUUGUAGCGAAAUAAUUGAAACGAAGGAAAACGUUUUUUGGACGUUUCUUCAAAGUGAAAAAUGACCAUUUCUUCAGACAAUGGCUGUUCGAAGUGCUCAAUCAGGCCCUGGAGAAGCUGACCCGUCAGAUUACAGUAGUCGAGAAGGACAUCAAAGAAUUGGCGGAAAAAUUGGAGAGCGAAGUGAAAUCGGAGGAGGGAGGAGUUGAGGUAUUUUUUAUAAAUUGUUUCAAUCCCCGUAGACAAGCCUGAAACCCGGCUUCUUUUUUUUUAAAAAAUUUUCAUUGUCAGACGGAAGACGAUAAGCGUCAACGGGAUCUCGAUGAGCUGGAAAAUCACAGAAAGAAACUGGAGGCCAUGUCCGGAUUCCAGAAGGGUCUUUUCGUCGACGUCCUUUCGGUGAGUGCACUCUUAAACAAUUGCUUUAAAAAAACCGGCAAAAUUAUAGAAAUGCAUUGAAAUGAUUGAGCACAGUUUCAAAAAAUUAUUAUAAAUCUACCCACUUUUUGCAGUUUUUCAUCGAAGAAAUGAAGACGGCCGCGUCGGCAGCGAACAACUCGGAAAUGGACGGAUCCAUUGGCGAUUCGACGGCUCCGUCGGCCAAAUUCACGUGGCUCCGCGGACGAUUCUGCCACGUCCUCCUUUAUGUGAGUUUUUUUUGUAUAGAAUGAAGAAUGCAUUAUUGCAAAUAUAUUUUUCAGCACUCGGAAACGCUGCUGAAACACACGGCCACACUGGCGGAUGAGGUGUUUUCGGUAGAAGGAAUCGAUCCGAACGUCGUCGAGUGCUUCACUCAAUUCCAGGCUCUUCGCAUCUGA